CUCUGGCUUUCUGAGCCUGGAGUCCCACGUUAGAAAUGUCAUUCCGUUAUCUGGCAUUAAAAAAGCAACAGUAACGCAGAUAGAAUAGAGCUGGGGGAGAAGUGGAAGCGUAUCGUGGCCGUAAUAAACAACAGCGGUAGAUAAAAGCCAUUAUCGGGCCUUCAUUCCGUCUGAAGUUACCAAAUGAAGCAAUAACGUACAGUUGUACUUAUUGAUUAACGAAUAAACGGGAUACCUGCUGAAGUGGGAUGGACAAUGCCCAUACGAAGACGGUGGAGGAGGUACUGGGGUACUUCGGGGUGAACGAGUCCACUGGGCUGAGCAGCGAGCAGCUCCGGAAGGCCCGGGAGAGAUGGGGACCCAAUGAGUUACCAGCUGAAGAAGGGAAGUCCCUGUGGGAACUAGUUCUGGAGCAGUUUGAGGACCUGCUGGUGCGGAUUCUCCUCCUGGCGGCUUGCAUUUCCUUCACUCUGGCGUGGUUUGAGGAGGGAGAGGGCACCAUCACAGCCUUUGUGGAGCCCUUCGUUAUCCUUCUCAUCCUCAUCGCCAAUGCCAUUGUAGGAGUGUGGCAGGAGCGGAACGCCGAGAAUGCAAUUGAGGCUCUAAAGGAGUAUGAGCCAGAAAUGGGGAAGGUGUACCGUCAGGACAGGAAGAGCGUGCAGAGGGUUCGAGCGAGAGACAUUGUGCCUGGGGACAUCGUGGAGGUGGCAGUUGGUGACAAGGUACCAGCUGACAUCCGUCUGACCUCAAUCCGCUCCACCACUCUCCGAGUGGACCAGUCCAUUUUGACGGGGGAGUCCGUGUCGGUCCUCAAACACACCGAUCCUGUGCCUGACCCUCGUGCCGUCAACCAGGACAAGAAGAACAUGCUGUUCUCUGGGACCAACAUCGCGGCGGGGCGGGCCAUGGGGGUGGUGGUGGCCACAGGGGCGCAGACGGAGAUCGGAAAGAUCCGGGACGAGAUGGCGGCCACCGACCCCGAACGCACGCCCCUACAGCAGAAGCUGGACCAGUUUGGGGAGCAGCUGUCCAAGGUGAUCAUGCUGAUCUGCGUCGCCGUCUGGGGAAUCAACGUGGGCCACUUCAGUGACCCCGUUCAUGGUGGCAGCUGGCUGCGGGGCGCCGUCUACUACUUCAAGAUUGCAGUGGCACUGGCCGUGGCUGCCAUCCCGGAGGGCCUGCCCGCUGUCAUCACCACCUGCCUGGCACUGGGCACCCGCCGCAUGGCCCGUAAGAACGCCAUCGUUCGCAGCCUGCCCUCCGUCGAAACUCUGGGCUGCACCUCCGUCAUCUGCUCUGACAAGACGGGCACCCUCACCACCAAUCAGAUGUCCGUGUGCCGGAUGUUUGUGCUGGACAGUGUGUCGGAGGAUCACUGCUCCCUCAACGAGUUCACGGUGACUGGAUCUACUUAUGCCCCGCUGGGGGAAGUGUAUAAGGAUGGUGUCCCCGUGCGAUGCAGCCAGUACGAAGCACUGGUGGAGAUGGCUACCAUCUGCGCCCUGUGCAACGAUUCCUCCCUGGACUACAACGAGACGAAGGGUGUGUAUGAGAAGGUGGGUGAGGCCACAGAGACGGCCCUCUGCUGCCUGGUGGAGAAGAUGAACGUGUUUGACACAGAGCUACAGGGCCUUUCCCCCGCAGAGAGGGCCACAGCCUGCUGCUCUAUCAUCAAGCAGCUGCUGAAGAAGGAGCUCACCCUCGAGUUCUCCAGGGACAGAAAAUCCAUGUCUGUUUUUUGUUCUCCCAACAAGCCCAUCAGGUCCACCACCGGGGCCAAGAUGUUUGUUAAGGGGGCGCCAGAGAGCAUAUUGGAACGCUGCCGCUGGCUCCGGGUGGGUGGGGGCUCACGAGUCCCCAUGUCCCCUUCCCAGAGGGAGCAGCUGCUGGGGAAGGUGCGCGAGUGGGGUUCUGGGCGUGAUACCCUGCGCUGCUUGGCCAUGGCAACCCGCGACUCGCCCCCAGAUCUGCGGCUGCUCAGCUUAGAGAACACAGCAAGCUUCAAUGAUUACGAGUCCGACCUGACCUUUGUGGGCUGUGUGGGGAUGCUCGACCCACCCAGGAAGGAGGUUCUGGGAGCAGUCCGAAUGUGCAGGCAGGCUGGCAUCCGAGUCAUCAUGAUCACUGGUGACAACAAGGGCACAGCCCUGUCCAUCUGUCGGCGUGUGGGCAUCAUCACAGAACAGGAAGAGGAGGAGGGCCAGGGCGGGCAAUUUGGGGGGGGGCUGACGGGCCGUGAGUUUGACGAGCUGCCCCCCCACCUGCAGAGGCAGGCGUGCCGCACGGCGCGAUGCUUUGCCCGUGUGGAGCCUGCGCACAAGAGCCGCAUUGUGGAGUACCUGCAGAGUCUGAGCGAUAUCACUGCCAUGACCGGAGAUGGGGUGAAUGAUGCCCCCGCCCUGAAGAAGGCCGAAAUCGGCAUCGCCAUGGGCUCAGGCACAGCUGUGGCCAAGUCCGCCUCUGAGAUGAUCUUGGCUGACGACAACUUCUCCACCAUCGUGGCUGCCAUCGAAGAGGGCCGAGCGAUCUACAACAACAUGAAGCAGUUCAUCCGCUAUCUCAUCUCCUCCAACAUCGGGGAGGUGGUCUGCAUCUUUCUGACGGCUGCACUGGGAAUGCCAGAGGCGCUGAUCCCUGUGCAGCUGCUCUGGGUGAACCUGGUGACAGACGGCUUCCCUGCCACCGCUCUCGGCUUCAACCCCCCUGACCUGGACAUCAUGUCUCGCCCCCCUCGAUCCCCGAAGGAGCCACUCAUCUCUGGCUGGCUCUUCUGCAGAUAUCUCAUCAUCGGCUGUUACGUGGGGGCAGCCACAGUGGGGGCCGCAGCCUGGUGGUUUAUGGCAGCUCACGAUGGACCCAAGCUCACCUACUACCAGCUGUCCCACUUCCUGCAGUGCAGCGAGAAUCGCAGCGAGUUUGAGGGGGUUCAGUGUUCAGUCUUCGAGUCUCCGUACCCCAUGACCAUGGCCCUGUCUGUGCUCGUCACCAUAGAAAUGUGUAACGCCCUUAACAGCCUGUCUGAGAACCAGUCUUUGCUGAAGAUGCCCCCUUGGUCCAACCCGUGGCUGGUGGGGGCGAUCUGCCUCUCCAUGGCUCUGCAUUUCCUCAUACUGUAUGUGGACCCUCUUCCCGUGGUCUUCCAAAUCCGCCCUCUAUCCUGGUCCCAGUGGGUGACUGUGCUAAAGAUGUCGCUGCCGGUCAUCCUGAUGGAUGAGGCCCUCAAGUUUCUGGCCAGGAAUUACGCUCAGUCGCCCGGUGACUUCCAGCUGGAGGAGGAUGGCCAGGGGCCGCAGGGGCCCAGCCAGGAGGAGACACUCCAAGACCGCCUGGUCACGGCGCUCCGCCGGGCCUGCAAAGGCGUGUCCUGGCCCUUUGUCCUUGUCUCCACGCCUUUGCUGGUAUGGAUUUACAGCUUGGACUCUGACAUCACCAACAUCUUCUGGACAUAGAAAGAAAAAGAGGGAAGGGUGAGUGAGGAAAGGUGAAAAGUGUAGGUACUGGAGCAAGGGGCAGAGAGCUGGGAGGAGUGCGCCCCCUGUAUGUCUGUCAUGGUGUUGUCAGUUGUUCAUGAACAUCAACAGAUUUUCAGAUGUUCUUUUCUUAGUCAAAUAUACAGAAAGAUGCAUUACGUAUUGAGAAGACAUUCACAGCGCUCAUUUGUGAAGUAGAAGUAGCUUUUAUGUUUUAAAUUUUCGCUGAGUUGUGACCUGAGAAACAGGUGCUAAAAAACAAGCUUAAUAGCAUAGGAAAAUUUACCAGGGAAAUACCAGGCAGAAACUAACAAGGAGACACCUAUUAUUGCAGGGUCCACUCCACAGGUCAGGACAAUCAUAAAAAUAUUGUCCCAUUAUUUCAUUGUUUUGUAUUGCGAAAGCUUUGUUUGCUUCCCACAUAUGGCUUUGAAAGUGAAUUUUCAGACUAUCAUUGAUGCACUGCAUUUGCCGUUAUUGUUGGUGGGUUUUUUUAUUUCAUAUUUUAGUCUUUUUUUCACCUUUUGCUGCAGCGAGGGAGUCUCUAUUUUCUGUCCUGUUGAAUGUUCUCCACUCUAAGCAUAUUACUGUAGGAAACCAUCAGAGAGAUAGUGAAGCAUCAAACUUAUAAUUCCAUUAGAUACCAGCCCCUAUUGUGAUGCCACGUACAUGAUUCCAUUAAAAACCCAGCCCCUAUUGUGACAUCACACGUAUAAUUUCUUUAGAAACCCUUGUACAAUAUUACAAAAAGCUUAUUUCUUUGAAUGACCCAUCGCUGCACUUCCAUCCUUGCAGUCUUCAUGAUAUGGAACUUUAUCUCAGCAUGUCCAUUUCCAUGACCAAACAACUGAAAUUGUUAUCCAGCUGUGUGUGGGUCAUUGACUUCUGGCAGUACUGUAGCUUUCAAACCCAACAUGGUCCAGGAGACGUAUCAGACCUCAGAACUGGAGAAGGCAAUGAUGUCAGUGGAGGCCGCUGUGAAUGCAGGCUCUUCGUUCACCUCCAUUUCACGAAACACUUUACCUUCAUUAUUGGAAUUCAUUUCCAUUUUUUAUUUUGAAACUGAACAAAGGAAAUAAUUUUUGUAGGUUUCUCUCACCAUUCUUAUCACAAUUGUUCGAGUAAAUAUCAAUAAAAACAUUAUGCCA